UGGAGAUUGGUGGCGGCGGCCGGCGCGCGCAAGUGACGUUGUGGCAAGCGGAAGCGGGGCCGAAGAGGAGAGAGAGAGAGAGAGAGAGCGAACGAGCGAGAGACGCCCGCGGGGCGGCGGGGAGGCCCGCCUGGCGCCGCCGAUGUCCCCGCAGCCGCCCAUGGAGGCGAUGGAGGCGCCGCUCAACCUACGGAUAAAGGCGGCUUAUCCUUUUGUUUCUCGGCAGGCCCAGUUAUCCCUGGAAUUGCAAAGGGAGAGUCACCUCAAACAGAUCCCCCUCAUCCAAGAGCGAUGGAAAAGAACAAAAAGGGACGAAAGGUUAAAAGCCCGCCCUCUGGUGGACAGAGAGAGCGUGGCCCACGGGCAGAGCUCUUCUAAGCCCUCAGCCGAGGAAGCCGAGGACCAACAUGGGACACCUGCCAGCCUUAAGUGCAGGCCCUCCUCAGAGGAGGCGAAGGGGUUCCGCGGGGUCUUGGACAGGGAUCCGGACACGCUGCUCUUUCUGCUUCAGAAGAGGAAGGAGCCUCCCCUGGACGUGGGCGUGAAGAACAGGCCUCCCAAGGAUGACAAGAUGAAAAUGGAGGAGCAGGCCACCAAAAUUGCACUCCUGGAGCAGCACGUGGAGAUGCUGUUUGCCGAAAACGAGAGGCUGAGGUGGGAGAACCGGCAGUUAAAAGCCGAGAGAGCCAGGCUGCUGAAGUCUCCCCUGGAGAAGGGGCUGGAUGCAGACGCUGACUUUGUGGAAAAGUCGGAGCUGUGGGGCCUCCAGCAGCUUUCGGAACCUGCCGCCUCCGCCACCAGCCCCUGGCAGAAAUUGGCGGUCAGUGCCGGGAAGGGCAAGGACAUUCCCAUCCCCAGCCUGCCCCCCUUGGACAUUCCCUCCCCGGAGUUCCCACUGGUGGAGCUCUCGGAAGAUCUCCUGAAGGGGCUCAUGAACAACUAAGGGAGGACGACCACUGGGGGUGGAUUCCCCCUGCACUUUGGGGAGGGGGCGCUGCUGGGGCAGGGAAGAAACCCUAGCGACUUGGUCACUGAACAACAACAAAAAAAUGCUUGAUGAAUUGGGUGAAGCAAAAGCGGUGCCAUUUACCAUCGUUGGUAAAAGCUGGGUCCUUCGUUCGUUCUUCAAGCCAGAGGACUGAAGGAGGGAGCCACAAAAGUCCUCGCAGGGCUCUCUUCUGAGUAUUCUUUGGGUAUCCAGGAUCUCUCUAUGCCAUAAAAUAAAGUGUAAAUCCUAUGUGGCACACGGGUAACAAUUUUGGCAGUGCAGGGCACUUUCGAUCCUGCCUCGGGUUUGCCGCUUCUUUUCAUCAUGCACAGACGCUAUAGCAAACAAUUCUUGCUUCUCUCCCUCCCGUAGGAUGGGUCUGUGUGCCGCACACUUUGCACCCCUCUCUCAAUAUGUAGCACGUCAGCCAAUCGGGAGUAAAGCUAAAUUUCCAGAUAUUUUUCCAAGGACCCGAAUGUAAUCCUGCCGAAAAUAUUUUGAUUUGUUUACAUAAUCAGGGUGCUUCAUAAUGUGUUUUCUGUAUAUGGAACAAACAUUGUUCUAAACAAAUAGGUAAGAAUAAUUGUUGGUGCAUAAUAGGAAGGCAGAGCUGACAAAGAAUAAAAUGUUCCAGGUCUA